AUGAGCAGGCCGCCGCCGGGCCCGCUCCCCGGCCCCCCUGGCGGCGGAGUGCCGUCGUUCGGGGCGGGGGGCUUCCCAGGGCCUCCCGGGUAUAGUGGGCCGCGUGGGCCUGGCGGUGGAGGUGGGCCUCCGUUCUCGUCGGCCCAUGCGCCCUACGCGGGUAACCAGUUCCCAGGACCCCCGCAGGCCGCACCUGGGGGCGCGCCUCAGAAGUCCACGUCGAUUUUCGUCGGGAAGAUCCCCGCGUCGGUGCCGGACGAUCUCAUCCGGAAGGUUCUCGAUCAGUGCGGCAAGGUCAAGGGCUGGAAGCGCAUGGAGGACCCGGACACCCGCUGUCUGAAGCCGUUCGGAUUCUGCGAGUACGCCGACGCCGAGGGAGCCAUCACGGCGCUGACGGUGCUGCCCGAGGCGCCCCUGCCGGACGGCGCCCGCCUCACCAUCAACGCCAAGAGCGCCACGUCCGCCUACCUCGAGCACUGGAAGGCCGAGCGCCGCAGCGCGCCCGCCGACGACGGCCCCGCAGACAUCGACGCGCGUCUCUCAGACAGCGCGCAGCGCGCCACCGCCGCCCUCCGCGACCUCCUCGGCGGCGCGCCGCCCGCGCAGCCCGACGAGGCCGCGGCGUUCCUGGACUCCGUCCUCGGGGGCGCUCCGCCGCCAGCCGCACGCGCCGACUCCCCCCGGGGACACGCGCCGCGGCGGGCCUCGACGCCGCCGCGCGGGCGGUCGGGCGGGCGGCGGACGCGGUCGCGGUCGCCGGAGAACGAGGAGGCCCGCGCGCUGAGGGCGCGGGAGGCGCGCGAGGCGCGGCAGCUGAAGCAGCGGGAGCGGGACGUGGAGGACCUGGAGGUGCGGUGGCGGCGGAACGCGGAGCGGGAGCGGCGGCGCGUGGAGGCGGCCGCGAAGGACCGGGAGCGGGAGCUGCGCGACGACAACGAGGUUGCGGACAGCGACGAGGACCUCGAGCCGGCGGAGCGCACCCCGCUGGCGGAGCGGCGCGGGUUCGAGUCGCGGCGGCGCGCGCGGGAGGCCGAGGAGGCCGCGGACGACGCGGACCGGCGCGAGGAGGCGCGCGAGAAGGCCGAGGCCGAGGCGGCGAGCGCGGCCGCGGCGCAGGUGGCCGCGGCGGGGCACGGCAGCAACGCGCUGCUACAGCCGAUCGUCGAGCGGGACGCGCGGGCGCAGGAGGGCCCGCCGGCGCAAGCGAGGGGCCCGCGCAUGGUGGAGCCGCCGGCGAAGCUCCGCGGCGUCGCGGCGUCGCUGCCGAACACCUGGGAGGAGCUGAGUCAGGCGCAGGUGGACUGGGCGGAGUACGACAAGCUGGUGGCGCGCGGGGCGGUGGGCGCGGUGACGGCGUGGGUGACGCGCAAGGUCGCGGAGCUCCUCGGCGAGGAGGAGCCGAGCCUGGUCGAGUUCAUCCUGGGGAAGGUGGCGGAGCACGCCUCCCCGCAGGCGCUGCGGGAGCUGCUGCAGGACAUUCUGGACGACGAGACGCAGAUGUUCUUGCUCAAGCUGUUCCGGACGGUGCUGUACGAGAUAGGCAAGAGCAAGGUGGGCUAG